UACUCGCCACUCAGCGAGGCGGGAAGGAAGCGCCGCGCGUUGUAAACAUAAACAAGAGGCUGUGAGAGUGACGCUGCAGGCGACAAGCGAGGCGGCAUGUGUCCAUGAGAGGACUGAUCUGAUUAAGCCUGGUGGUGUGAUGCUGGAAAGCCAUUCAGCAGAAAGAAAACAAACAUAGCAGGAGGAGGUGCAAACUGAGGACGUCUUGAUGCAUGAUAUUGAUUUGAAUAAGGGAGGCCACAAGAAAGAUGGCUGGAUUGACCAGGAGCCUGAGUGAUCUGCUUCCUUAGGACAAAAGUUGGGAGUCUAUGUCUGCAGCCACAACAUGAAGGCUUGCCAAGCGUCUCGUUUGGCGUGCUGUGCUUCCUGUUUCUUGAUACCAAAGAGGCUUAUGGACUCGUACUUGUUACUUGGAUCCUGUUUCUGAGAACUUCACCUGCAUCCAGUGUGGUGUCGGCCGCGUCUUGAAGGCAGCGCACGUUUUCCAGGCUGGCUGGCAGCUGGUCGGCGCGGGUGACGCAGCCCUGUGCCCGCUGCCGCCAUGGAGGACAGCGAGACGGAGGCGGCGGAGACUGACCCGCUGGUGAAGCAGGGCGGGGACAACCGUCUCCAGGACUCUGGAGGCGGCGGGCAACGGCGGUGGGCCGGCGGCGGGCGAAAGGCAGGGCGUCACCACCCUGACGGCCGGCCUCGGCUCUCCCUUGUUCCGGAAACUUGUGAGAAGAGCACCGAGGAGGAGGCGGACCAGCACAAAGAUGGAUACGAGGAGGGAACAGGAUGCAAAAAAGCUGCAGAGUCGCCGACACCACUCUGUCCCUUUUUCGGCGUCAAGAACUACCUCCAUCACUUCUAUGAGAAGCAGGACAUCAGUAACCCAGCGUUGUACGAGGAUGCUCCCAUGGGGAUGGAGCAGGUGUUCCUGGUGAAGCAGGGGGACAGCGGCUGCUCCUCGUCAGUGUUUCGGCUCUCCCUCGUGCUCGGCGGCCUCCUUCUCCUCCUAGGUGUCGUUGCCUUCGUCGUCGCCGCCAUCGCUGCCCGACGGACUGUUGUCGUUGGCGAGCACGGCGGUGUGUCGAUCGUGGACCACUUAGCCUCGUCGCACAACGCCCAGGUGGACGCGCUGCUGCUGGUGGGCCUGGUGGCGGUGACGCUCGGCUCCACCGUGGUCGCCGCCUCACUCAUAUCCCGCACUUUUUGCACUAGACAGGAAGAAACUUUCUACCCAUUCAGGAUGGGCCAGUUUGUGCAGGAGCCUCCCAUCUCGCCCACUGACAAGAAGGUGCCAGUGACGGAGAGACUGACGCAGGUGCAGCCUACAUGGAGUGUUCCCUCCUACACCAACACGUGUCCCACCUUCUCCCCCAACCCGGAGGUGACCUUACAAUCCCCGGGGGCGACGGACAAGGAUUCAAAACAAAAGGCUGGUUAACACUAACAUUUUUUGAGGAGAAACAUGUUUAUUCUCAGCUAGACAUCGACUACAUUAGAAAAGAGGAAUAGUGUUCAGUUGGUGAAUACAGUAUUUUCAGUGUAGUGCUUGAGAAUUUUUGAGACUUUUGAGGUUAUGGAUCGCUUUGGUCAGGCGAUGUCAGUGUCCGCCGACCCACAUCAGUGCAGGGCUGUCCCAGUAAUAUUGUGUCGAGGUGUGGACGGAGCCCGCGGUGGGGGAAUUGAAAACACGAAAACCAAUAUAUCGAGUUGGAAGCCUUGGGAGUGACUGUCCAUCUUUAGUAGCGCCGAGGCAGAGAUGACGAAGGGCGAGUCUUGGCAGAGGGAGGGACUAGCUGAGACAAAACAGACAGACAUUAGGGGUGUUAACGACAAGUCGGGUUUAGGAGAUGCCUGAAAACAGAUGCUUGUGCGAAUUUAUCAUUGUUUUCAAGUACUAGCUUAUCAAUGUUUUCAGAUCUCUCUCUCUCUCUCUCUCUCUCUCUCUCUCUCUCUCUCUCUCUCUCUCUCUCUCUCUGCUAUGAUACUUCCUAAUUACUUGAAAUAACUUAGGUCUGCAGGUCUUAACUUACAGAGGCUAUCAUUACAUAAUUUGAUCUGCUUAAAAGACCAAGUUUCUCUCUCUCUCUCUCUCUCUCUCUCUCUCUCUCUCUCUCUCUCUCUCUCUCUCUCUCUCACACACACACACACACACACACACACACACACACACACACACACACACACACACACACACACACACACACACACACACACACGAUUGUUUACAGAAUAAGGUGAAAAACAAGGUUAGGCCUGAUGGGGGAGAAUCCUGACAGAGCCACACUCACGCUCGCUGAACUAACCUCCACCCGGCCUUGCUACACUGUCAUCACCUCGCCUCUCCACUGUACGGCAUGUGUGUGUGUGAUCAUGCUCUCAGCCCAGACUCGUCCUUCGCCUCCUCGCCUCCGCCACUCUCUCGUCGAGCCCAUGGUCUAGGUCAGUGAUUUUCAGCCUUCUUGUACUCAUGGCCUACAUUUGGUAUCCCUAGAUAUUCAUGGCCUACUGCCCUUCAGAAUCGUGUGGUGGUAUAAUUAUUUUAAACCAUUUUUAUAUAUAGGGUACAUAUAUUUUUCUUGUUUAUUUUAUUUUCUGUUAUUUUCUUCAUCUUCCGUGGCAUGGCCCUCCCUUGAGAACAGUCCAUGGCCCACAGGCUGAGAACCACUGGUCUAGGCUCUUGUCGAACGCAUCAGUAUGAAACACGCCAGCCCCGAUCCUAACUUUUUAACCCCUAUUUUCUAUUACGGAGGAGCAAAAUUUUGAUAGGAGAUGAAGUUUCCAUUAUUCUGAAGUGUCAUUUAAUCCGUUGAGCGUAACACUUCUCCACAAGCCGUGAGGUCCUUCCCGCUGGUUUUAGGGACGAUUUUUUUUAACUUCAUUUGGUAUUUUGUCCCGCGUUGCUUCCAGGCUCCUGCGAGGAUGUUUUACUCGGCUUGUGCUGUGUCAAGGGCUAGCCGCGCCCACUGAAUACACCAGCUCGUACCGCAAGCACUACAAGGCACUGUAAAUCGAAAAGUAAGCGUAUACAAUAUUCUGGAUGUGUUCGUUGUGUGUAUUGUACCGUGUGCCACUCACCGCUGUUUCAGAUGUGCGCCAUUACACUUGUGGCGCACGUCUCUUGUCAUAGUUAUGAUACUUUUGUUGUUACUCAUAUUAUUAUUAUUAUUAUUAUUAUUAUUAUUAUUAUUAUUAUUAUUAUUGUUAUUGGUUAUAUUUCCACCUUUACUAGUGAUGCCGUUCCCUGGGAGAUCAGACGCCACUCGGGGAACGAAGCAGGACGGGUAAAGUUGUCCUGGAUUGUCACUUAUUAUGCGUGUCUCGUACUAUUCGGCGGGUGCAAGUUUUGUCGCCGAGGAAGUUCUAUAAUGAGAAAUGUCUGCCUUGGGAGGUGAGGUGUUUCUUUGUCUGUUUAGUGACCGUUCGUCUUUCUCGCUACUCGUCAUUUGACGCCACUAUACGCAUUUUGCAUGCCCUUUCCCCCUCGCCUGAGUUGUCUAUGUCUGCUGCCUCUGAUCAGAUUGUUUGGCUCAGCUGGUGGAAGGCAGACGAGACAUAGCGAGUGUCCACCGUGUCUUGUUUUCUGUGCUGUCUUUAAAUAAGCUCACUUUUUUCUUCUUUCUUUCCUUUCUCCGUUUUGCUAACGUGUUGUAGCACAAAAAAGGUAUAUAUAUAUAUUUCAACGGAGCAAAUAUUUGGCGUCAAGUACUACAAAUGUGUAUAAUGACGUUGGCCUUUAAAUUACUUGUCCUUUAUGACCGUGAUGCUACUCGUUCCAUCGUAAUUAUGUUUUGUGUGUCGCCGUGUUGUCGUUUGCAUCAAUCACGACUGCAAAUGUGUGCCAAUCAGUAUAAGCUAAAACUCCAUUGUUGUCAGGUGUGCUAAUUGUUGGUGAAGAUAUGAUGGUAUGUGACGUUGAUAGUCUAUUUUAUCCACAGUUAUAUACUCGAGUAAGACAGACAGUGUUGAUACGAGCGUUGUGAAGAGUUGUCAUGGAGAGGGUAUAUCUUGUUCCUCACGUCACGCUACCCGCCACGUGUGCCAACGCUCGUGCACACUUGUAAUGCUGUAGUCGUUGGAACUUCUGGAAUAUAUAUUUUAGUGGAGUGUUGA